AAAAGAAAUCGCAGAGAAACUGUCUCAUGAAGAGGGUUUAUCUGAAGAAAAGCUGGAAUCACAGAAAAAACAUGGAGUGCAUCUAAAUGCGUGUGAAUUCCAAAUGGAUGGUAAACCAGUGGCAGAAACAGACUGGCCUUUUAGUCAAAUGCAUGACCAAUCUUUAGCAGGAGAGCAAGUUAGUUUUGUAGAAUCACAUACAGAAAGGCCAUUAUCGCCUGAAUCUGACACAGAAUUCAGAGCCUUUUCACCGGAAACACUAAAGUCUAUGAGCCUAUUGAGAUCUGAUUCACAGGGCUCUGUAGAUUCUUUUGACAAUUACAAUCCUUUGUCCCCAGAUUCCCCUAUCCCAUGUUUUGACAACACUAUACAUGAUUUCUACCCUCUUUCCCUAUCUAGAUCACCAUCUCCUCAUUCUGUGUCCGAACCUGAGUUAUUUGAUUACAGUAUUUCUGCAGCUAAGUCAAGGACAUCAUCUCCAGAUUCCGUUAGAUCUGAAAGAAAUCGGCCACUCUCUGCAGACUCUCCUGUUCCUGACUUUAGUAAUGACAAUUUAUUUACUGAUGACUUUUGUAGGUCCUCUUCGCCGGAGUCAAAUUCUAGUGAUAACAAAGAUUUGGCAGAAUUUUCAGUAGCUGAUUUUAAUUAUGAUGAGAGGUUGUCAUCACCCGAGUUAGUAGAAUUUGAGACAAGACAUAUUUCACUUGACAAUAGUAGAGUUGAAGAAUCACAAGAAAAGACUGACUCAAGGCAAGAGGAUAAUGAUGUGCCCACUUUAGAAUAUCAGCAAGUAUCGAUUUUGGAACAAGAAACACAAUCUAGUCUGCCAGAAAUGUCUGAACACCCAGUUUUUGAAUCUCAGGUCAGUUCAACAGACAAUUCAGUGUUAUCAUAUGAUGUAGACCUUUGGAAGCUUAUUUCUCACGUACAUGACCCCCAGUACGCAGGGGAAUCAUACAAAAUAGGAGUACCUCAAUUCGCUGAGGCAGAGUUAAGUACUAAUAAAACACAUGCUAUUUUACAAACAGAGAUGAAUCAAAGACCUCUUUCACCAGACUCAGAAAGUGAAUUUACUCAACUGUCAUUACUUGAAGAAGCCAGACAAUACAGAUCUGAUUCUCCCCAGUCAUCAAAGUCUAUAGACAGUCACACAGCAUUAUCAGCAGACUCCCCUAUUUGUCAAUUCUCAGUGCCAGAGUCUGCCUCUUUUCAACAUCCCAUUUCAGUAUCUCCAGAAUUGCUAGCAUCAGAUCUGGAGGACUCUAGUGAACUUAAUAAUAUGGUGGUUUUCAAUGAGAGAGCUCUAUCACCAUCUUCAAUGUCUUCGGCUAUUCUGUCAGCAGACUCACCACUGCCUGACUUCCAGCAAAGCUUAACAGAAUCUUAUGUCAUGUGUGGAGUUGAUAGGUCCUCAUCUCUUGAUUCAUUGAACUCUGAAGUAGAGCAAGACCAGAUCUCUGUAUUAUCUCUUGAAAAUAGACCAUUAUCCCCAGAUUCUAUAGAUGAAAACCAAUCACACCCACAUGAUUCACCCAUUCCCCAAUUUCAAAAUGUUUUACAUGAAUAUGGAAUUUUAACAUCUCAAGAAAGAACCUCCUCACCAGUUUCAGUAGGUUCAGAUUUGGAAUUUUCAUCUGCUUCUUCACUACACUUUAGAGAAUCAAGACCUAGCUCUCCUGGAUCUGUUGAUUCUGGAGAUAGGCAUAGAGUUGAUUCGCCAUUACCUGACUUUCAGCCAGUGCCCCAACCGACAGAAUUUAUUUCACCUAUCGCAGACAGAACCCCAUCUCCUCAAUCCAUAUCUGAUGACGGAUAUGACCAAACCAUUGUUGAUUUAGAUUUUCAGAGACCAGAUUCACCUGAGUCACACACUUCAGAACACAUGGAACAAAACUAUGAUCAAAACAAAACAUUAAGAGCUAUCAGAGUGCCAGUGUUUAGAUUAAUUUAUGAUGCUGAACUUUGGAGGCUUAUUUCACAUAUACGUGACCCUCAAUAUGUUGGGGAAAUGUAUAGCAGCAAGACUGGGGUAUUUGAGUAUGCUGGAACAAGAAUUGAAUAUGUUAUGGAAGAUGCAGAUGUGAUGACGGAACAGUUAGAUAAAACUGGGUUAGGGGAUGUUUCUGAUUUGUCUCUAGAGAGCCAACAGGAACAAUGUCUUGAGCCAUGGGCAGAAAGACCAUUGUCACCUGAUUCAGAAACAGAAUACAGACAUUUUUCACCACAAAUCUUACAGUCCACAAUUCUGUUAAGAACUGAUUCUCAAGGAACAGCAGAGUCUAUAAAUGAGUACAAAGCUUUGCCUCUGGAAUCCCCAAUACCCCAGUUUGAACUCUCCAUACCUGACAUGUGUCCACUGAAACCAUGUAGAUCACCAUCCCCAAAUUCUGAGACAGAUUCUGAACCACAGUUACAUGAUGUUACUAUCAUGCCAAGGUCAUCACCACCUGAAUCUGUAGAAUCAGUAAGUGAAUCUAGACCACUAGCGGACUCUCCAGUACCAGAUUUUAGACAGGAUAUUCAGAGACCACUUGGCGUAUUUGGAGAACAUAUAUCCUCAUGUGCGUCAAUUUCCUCUCAAGAUAAUCUACUGUCAGAAUAUUUUUUGGAGGAAUUUAAUUGCAAUGAAAGGUCAGAAUCACCUGAAUUAGCAAGCCCAGAAAGUGAAACCAAAACUAGGCCUUUUUCACCUGACUCACUGUCAGAGUAUAGACCUAUGUCACCUCAGUCACUCUUAACACCAAAAAGAACAGUGUCUCCAGAUUCAGUAACAUCACUGACAGAAUUUAAGCCCUUAUCACCCGAUUCUCCUAUACCUCAGUAUGAAGAGAACGUUAUUGUAAAUCUAAUGUUCCAAGGAAGCAGGUCAUCCUCAAUUAUCUCUGUAACACCAAAUAUUGAUGUAGAAUGCCCAUUUUUUGAUGAGUCACGAGUUCUCACGCCUAACUCAGAUUAUGAAUUUGAUUCCAUUCCGCCUGAUUCACCCAUACCUGUAUUUGAACCAUUUGUUGGUGAAGAAACAAUUUUUUCCAUGCUGUGCAGAUCCAGCUCUCCUGAUUCUGCUUCCUAUUCAGAUUUAGAAUAUGGGGAAGACUUGCCUGAGGACUUAGAUCUUCAGAGAGCAGCCUCUCCUGAUUCAGUAUAUUCAAGAAAUGAAGAGCAAGCCUUGUCACCAGACUCACCCAUUCCCCAAUUUGAAAGUAAAUUAGUAGAGCGGUUUCCUUCAUUUUUUGGUUUUAAGACAGAACGCCAAAAACCUUAUCAAACAUAUGACAGUGCAGCCUUAAUAAGUCACGUUCCUACAGCCCCCCUAAAACUGAAAUGUAGAUCAUCAUCGCCUGAAUUGAGAAGGUCCACACCAUUGUCUCCACAUACAGUGCAGUUGACUAUUCCAGAGUUUAGACACACUCCUUCACCAGAAAUUAUGUCAUCAGAUUCUGAAGUGGAAAUUGAGUUUGAUUCAUGUGAUUGGUUGGAGGACAGAGCAUCAUCUCCUGAGUCAGCGCCAUUAUUUAAUAGCUCCACCAGGCUUUCUCCUGACUCUCCCAUUCCUAACUUCGUACCACUCCUCACAUCUCCAGAGCUGAGCUUUGUCAGGUCUGUCUCUCCCGAGUCAAUGUCCCCUGAUUUGACAGACGCCGAAGAAGACUUUGAUUCUUCUUUGGGGACAUAUUGGAUACUAGAAGAUAGGGCAUCAUCUCCAGGUUCGCCUGCAUCUGAAGAAAAAUACCAACCACCGGACUCACCUAUUCCUCAAUUUUUACAAAUAUUUAAAGAGAUGCCCAUAGUUGAUUUUAGAUCCAGUUCUCCUGAGUCUGUUUUAUCAGAUUUCCUUGUAGACAUGAAUUUCCAGUGCCAAACAGACUUAGAAAACAGAGCCUUGUCUCCUGAAUCUCAAGCAUCUAGUAGGCUUAGCACUGAUUCUUCCAUACCACAGUUCUGUCAGUUUGAGUGUAAUUUGUCUGAUGUAGUAUUUGGCAAUAGAUCAGUGUCUUCAUUGUCAUCAGAAUGUUCAGAGGUGGAAUACAUUGUUAUAAGCCCUCACUUACACUUGUAUGAUGUUAGACCAUCUUCACCAGCAUCAGGAGGCACAGACAAUGAAUUCAGAGGUUUGUCUCCAGAUUCACCCAUCCCUGAUUUUACACCUGAAGCUACUGAACGUGUUAUCAUCAAUUCUAGCUAUAGAUCAUCCUCUUCUGAAUCAAUUGUAUCAGAUGUUGAAUAUUAUAUUGAAGAUCUCAUACUGUAUGAUGGCAGUGAUAAUCGAACAAAUUCACCUGACUCUAUAGAGUUACAGGAGCAAAAAGUAGAGCAAUCACUUAAGGCAAUUAUAUCUGAUCAAUAUACACAAUCUCCAGUGGUGGAUGUAAUACAAGCAUUUGAAGAAAGUGAAAUAUUUCCUUCAGAAGCUGGUUUGGGUUUACUAGCUAUAGAAGCCAUUUAUCCACAUCAUAAAAGAACAUAUCCUGAGUCUGAUGGUGUAACUUCAUCAAAAAACACAGAUGAUAAAACUGUACAAAUUUCUAGCACAGAGAAAGAAUCUGUUGAAGCUAAUGAAGUGGCUGAGUAUAACCUAAUUUAUGAUGUUGAGCUAUGGAAGCUCAUUUCUCAAGUACAUGAUCCCCAGUACAGAGGAGAGACCUUUCAAAGUAAAACAGGGUUUAUGCAAUAUAUCGGUUCCAGUAUAGAAUAUUUAGGCAAAGAUCAGCAGGCAUCUUCAGAGGAAUUUAGUUCCACAGAAGAAACUACAGCCUUUGUAAAUGAUCAGGACCAAGCACCUAAAUACCCAUUAGCAAUAAGUGAACAAGAGGACUUGCAGGACAAUUCUUAUAAAGAAACAAAAUUCUUAUUUGAAGAUACUGUUCUUACUUCUAUGAGUCCUCAUGAAAGCAUAGAAGUAAGAUGUGAGGCAGACAAUGUUUGCUAUUCCCCUGAAUUUUUAGAUGACAGAGCUAUGACGGCUGACUCAGCCAUUUUACAUGAAAGGACAUCAUUACCAGAAUCUGUCAAAUCAGUGAAUGAACUGAGAUCCCUUUCACCAGAAUUUCCUGUGCCUGAAUUUAGAGCAACUCUACCGCAGUGUGAGGCAUUUAUGAAGUCAGCAUCAGUAUCACAAGAACCUGUAGGCUCUGAUAUAGAAGAGUUGCUUCUAGAUAAUGAAUCCUGCCCAUUAGAAUGUAGAGGAUUAUCUCCAGAUUCCAUGCAUUCAGAGGAUGUAGAUGAAAAAGAUCGAUCAUUGUCACCCGAGUCUGUGUCAGAAUAUAUACCCAUGUCAUUAACAUCAGCAAUGUACAUGGUAGACCAAAGAACAUCUUCCCCAGACUCUCUGCCUGAACACAGUGAGCACAGAAACCUGUCGCCAGACUCCCCAAUUCCACAAUUUACAGUGAACUCCAUAGAAGAUUAUACCUGUCACUUUAGGUUAUCCUCACCUGAAUCUGAAGCUUCUCACUCAGAUUAUGAAUUUACAGUGACAUCAGGAAGGGUUAGUUAUGAGAGAGCUUCCUCCCUUGACUCCAUUGCAUCAGAAAGAGGGUUCAGAACGUUAUCUCCUGAUUCACCUGUACCUGAAUUUAGGACAGUUUUCCCACAAACUGUUUUGAGAUCAGUGUCAGUUUCAUCUGAACCUCAAGAAUCUGAUGAGGACUAUAUGCUGUCAGAUAAUGAGUCCUUAAUAGAAUGUAGAGGCUCAUCUCCAGAUUCCAUACAAUCAGAGGAUUUUGAUCUAGACCGACCACUGUCACCUGAGUCUCUAUCAGAAUACACACCUAUGUCAUUAGAUUCAGCAAUGCUUAUGGUAGAACAAAGAACAUCAUCUCUAGACUCCCUGCCUGAAAACAGCGAGCACAGACCCCUGGCUCCAGACUCCCCUGUGCCACAGUUUACAGUGAACUCCCUGGAAGAGUAUAUCUUUCACUGUAGGCCAUCUUCUCCCGAAUCUGAGGCUUCUCACUCAGACUAUGAACUAACAGUUACAUCAGGAAGGGGUAGCUAUAACAGAAACUCCUCCCCUGACUCCACUGCAUCUAACAGAGGAUUCAGAACCUUAUCUCCUGAUUCACCUGUACCUGAAUUUAGGACAGUUCUCCAACCAACAGUUUUGAAAUCAGUGUCUGUUUCAUCUGAACCUCAAGAAUCUGAUGAGGACUACAUGCUGUCAGAUAAUGAGUUCUUAGUAGAAUGUAGAGGCUCAUCUCCAGAUUCCAUACAAUCAGAGGAUGUUGAUCUAGACCGACCACUGUCACCUGAGUCUCUAUCAGAAUACACAGCUAUGUCAUUAGAUUUAGCAAUGUGCAUGGUAGAACAAAGAACAUCGUCUCCAGAUUCUCUGCCUGAACACAGUGAGCACAGACCCCUGACUCCAGAUUCCCCUAUCCCCCAAUUUACAGUUAACUCCCUGGAAGAGUAUAUCCCUCACUGUAGGACAUCUUCUCCCGAAUCUGAGGCUUCUCACUCAGACUAUGAACUAACAGUUACAUCAGGAAGAGUUAGUUAUGAGAGAACCUCCUCCCCUGACUCUACUGCAUCUAACGGGGUGUUGCCAGAUUCUCCUUUGCCUGAAUUUAAGACGUUAAACUCAGAAUUCAUGACGAUUUUAAGGUCAAUAUCAGUUUCACCUGUAUCAAUAGGCUCUGAUGUAGAGUACUUUCAGCCCGAUAGUGAGUCCCAAGUAGAUUGUCGAGGGUCAUCCCCUGAUUCCAUACAAUCAGAAGAUGAAAAAGACCGACCAUUAUCUCCAGAGUCUAUUUCGGAAUUCAGCCCUAUGUCAUUAGAAUCAGCAAUGAACAUGGCUGGCAGAACAUCUUCCCCAGAAUCCCUGCCUGAAAACAGUGACCAGAGACCCCUAAGCCCAGACUCCCCUAUCCCACAGUUUACAGUAGACCAAAUAGAACAAUAUACCCUGUACUAUAGGCCAUUGUCUCCUGUGUCCGAGGCCUCAUAUUCAGACUUUGAUGAAACAGGCCCUUCAGAUAUCGCUGAUUAUGAGAGGCCUUCCUCCCUAGAAUCUACAGACUCUGUCAGUACAUACAGACACCUUAUGGUAGAUUCACCUGUGCCAGAAUUCAUGAGAAUACUGUCUUCCUAUUUUAUGGAAAGGGGUGCUUUAAAUAGAUCAUCUUCCCCUGUUUCAUUCUCCUCUGACUCAGAAUUUAUAGCUUUACCUGUUCAUUAUUGGACAGAUCACAGGCCAAGACUAACUAGCCCACAAUCUACUUAUUCAGAUGAGGAACUAGACAUAAAUAAUCGCAGUGCAUAUAUGUUUGCCUCUGACUUAUUGUCUGAAUAUCAAGAAUCCCAUGAAUCCGCCAUGUUAGUAGAAAGAGCCUAUUCGCCAGAAUCAGUUACAUCAGUGAAUGAGCUGAGACCUCUGUCCCCAGAUUCCCCUGUACCAGAUCUUAGAACAGCUAUUCCACAGUGUGACACAUUUAUGAGAUCUGAAUCAGUUUCACCAGAACCCUUAGGAUCUGAUAUUGAAUACAUGCUUCAAGAUGAUUCACCUCACCAUAUAGAAUGCAGAACCUCAUCUCCAGAAUCUACACAUUCAGAGAAUUUAGAUGAAAAAGACCGGCCUUUGUCUCCUGAGUCACUCACAGAAGAUACCACAAUGUCCAUGGAAUCAGCAAUGCACCUUGAUGACAAUAGAGCAUCUUCCCCAGAUUCACUGAUAGAAAUAAGUAAAUACAGGCAUCUAUCCCCAGACUCCCCAGUUCCUCAAUUCACAUUGGAGUUGACGGAGGAAUAUUCCCCUUUUGCCAAAUCUUUUCGGUCAUCAUCACCAGAGUCUGAGGCGUCGUACUCAGAUCUUGAGCUAACAGCACAUUUGAGCAUGUCAGAUUGCGACAGGCAUUCCUCUCCAGAGUCUAGUGAACACAGAAGCCUAAUGACUGAUUCACCUGUACCUGAAUUUAUGAGAAUACUGUCAUCCUAUUUCAUGGAGGGUAGUCCUUUACUCAGGUCAGUCUCACCUGUGUCCGCGACUUCCGACUCUGAAUUUGUAGCUUUACCUGUUGAGUAUUGGAUUGACGACAGCCCAAGGCCAAUGAGUCCACAAUCUCUUUACUCUGAUGAGGAGUUGGACAGUUGCAAUAUAACUGGACAUUUGACUGAAGAUCUACCCUUUGAGCCAGAAAGCCAGGUUCUGUUGGAAAGAUUUGAUGGUAAAACAGAAGUGACAACAAGUUUUCAGUCAGAAAAAAGGAUGCCAGAUGAGGAGGCUGCCAAUCAAGAGCAAGUCAUUAAAGGAGAUGACACCUCUCAAUGGGCUUCUAAAGCACAAGAUGAGAUGCAGGGUUUACAAAUGUCUGCUAAGGUACUACAAGUUGGUGGCACCUCAACGGUCCCUCAAAAUAAAAGCCCACAAAUUCCACUGCAGCUCCCGGAGCAGGCGACAUACUCCACACAUCGGGCUGUCACUCCUGUGUUGCCUCCAACUGAGACCUCCAUCUCCUCUGAGCUCUUCUCACCCAUGUCCAGCCACUUCCUGGUACCCCCAGAUUACGAAGCCAUAUUUUCAGGACAGCAAAGCCUUAAGGUGUCAGAGUCUUCGUCAAGUGGUCAAACAGUGCUCAGUCAAUCGACAAGCAGCAUGGUUAAAUCUCCUGAAGAGUUGGAAUUUUCCCCUGAUUUCAACAAAGUUCUUGCAGAAUUUGACAAAACCGCAUAUGAAUUUGAAUCAUCAAAAACAAUACCACGAAUGGACUCAGAUUCAGAUUCUGAGUUCUUUGACUGCAAGCAAGCCCUCUCUGACUUGUCUGAGCCUGAAGACACUAAAGCGGAACCACCAGUUGCCUAUCAUGUUUCAGAACCACCAUCCCCAAUGCCUGGAAGCAGUCUGGAUACAAGUUUUCAUCACAAAGGCCAUGAGUUCGCCACACAUCACUUCCUACGGCCGGAAGACUUCAAGCACUUCUCCUCUGGAAGUGAAAGUCUGGGUGAAUAUGCAUAUGAUUCGGGGGGUUCACAGACUGCGCUUCCCGGGUGUGAGGAGCUGCCCCCUAGAGGCCAGGCAGGGUACUAUGAUGAUGACGAUGACUUAGAAAGGGAGAUAGCAGAGGAGCUAGGGGCUCUGUCUGAUAGUUCAGAAGAAGAGGUACUGACCACCAGAGUGGUCCGAAGAAGAGUUAUCAUUCAGGCUGACACAUUACCAGUUAUCCCACCACAGACUGUUACUGAGGAGAAGUACACGGACGAGCAUGGAAACAUGGUGGUCAAGAAGAUAACACGGAAGGUGAUUCGGAAGUACGUGUCUCCAGAUGGCCUGGAGACUCAGGAAGUGACAAUGGAGGGGUCUCAGCAGGACAUGGUACGGAUAGAAGAAGGAGACGCAGUCUCCCGGGUGGUCAAGAGGACAGUCCUGCACAGUGAAGGGGAGCAGAGAGAGUUCAGUUUCUCCGAGCCUCUACCUCUGGGCGCUGCCACAGCCUCAGAGUUUGAGGCAGAGCCAGUGCAGGGUCGAAAGGUCAGUAAGGUGGUGAAGACGACGGUGGUGCGGGGAGAGCGACUGGAGAAGCAGACAGGAGAGUCUUCCCUGGCUUCAGAUCUGCCCUCAGCCAGAGAGGACUUUGAGAAGGCGUUGGUCUAUGCAGGGGGCUUUGGGAAAGUGCAGCUCCCUCAUGUAAGAGAGAGGGAGAUUGUACAAGAGGACGGUUCUGUGGUCAAAAGAAGCCAAAUGCAUAAGGCGCGCACCCAGAAGAGGACCGUGGUGAGGGAUGAGCGAGGCAAGCAGGUGCACCUAGAGAGAGAAGACGACACCCCCCACGCCCUGCAACCAGACGUAUUACAACAGCACCUCCAUAGGCUGCUGCUGCAAUACUGCCAGGACCAGGAACAAAGGGGACGGGGGCACACGGACCAGAGCCAAUCAGAGAGAGAGGAAGAGGAAGAGGAGGAGAGCUCUGAGUGAACUACAAGCCUCUCUAAAGCAUCAUAGUGAAAGGAGCAUAAUUCCUGAAUGUCAUUAUUGUCCAUUUUGUGACCAAAGAUAGUUUUUUGUGAGUGGAUGAUGUUUUCAGUUCCAGUUUGAUUGACAGCAGGGUGUUGGGGACAGUAGACUUCACUGGAUGAACUUUGCCUCACAUGGACCUCUUCUGGAUGACAAAAAAGUAAAAACUUUUGUAAAGAUUUGUACAUAGAGGGAAUUGCGCUUGAAAAAAGGAGAGAAGCAUUUACUACAUUUGCCCCAUAGAGCUGCUGUACUGUUACGGAUCAGAGCUGGAGACCGGGCCGGACACCUUCAGUCUUCCCAUAAUGCAUCAGCCCUUCUCGUAUGUGUGUGUGUCCUCGUGUUGUGCGCUCACAUCGACUGGGUCAUAUGGAGCAGUCAUUUGUAUGUGUACAUGAUCAAAAGUAAUGAAUGUUGUGUUGAGAUUCAAAGCAGGAUAAGCACUUAACCUCCAUGUUCAGAUCUCAAGCCUUUAAUGGAUGAAGCCGGCUGAGUUUAGCUGCUAGCAAAGGCCAAGGUCUGUCCACUAGUUUCAGUACUGUAUCUGAAAUAUGUUAACUAGUUGUUUUACCUAAUGGCAAAAACAUUCAGGCUGUGUCCUUUAGUUAUUUAAUCGGUCAGUGGAGUCUUAGUAAUUACAUAUAUUAUUUGACUAAUUAUUUUCUUAAUAUCAUAAGGAUUUGUAUUGGCAACGGCAAAAAGGAGAUGCAGUUUGGGGAGUGACUGAACAAUAGAAUCUGCCUUCAUUUUGCUUUUCACAUGCUGUCUGCUGGUAUUUCUCUGUAUAUUACAUAGUAGUUGUUGUUUUUUUUCGCAUGAGAUCCUAAUAAUUUUGAAAACAUUUGCCAGCACCAUCCCUUGCUAACACUUUCUUUAGUCAACUACAGCCCUAUUUAACACAAGCUCCAAUUAUUCAGUUAUUUUUUAGUCAUUUAGAUAUGUAAAUAAGCAGAAUACUUUGACCAAGGAGAACAUCUCUAACACAUGACAUCUUGACUGGAUAGCACUUGUAGCAUCCCACAAUUAUGAGAAAAACAUUUUAGCUGCAUUUCGAUAUUUAGAUCGUAGUCAGAACAAUUUUGCAAUAAUCCUCAAAGAUUAGAACUGGUGUAGGACAUUGUUGGCCUUUGCUCCAGUUGUACGCUCAGCUAGCCCAGUCCUUGUCCAAAGCACUCCAGAUGUAGAGACACUUCGCUUUAAGCCCCUCCCCCCCAGAGCCCUCAGAUCACCUCUACACUUAUCUUAUUUAUUUUGCUGUCCACGUGAUGGCUGUGACAAUGUUUGCGUGUGUGCUUGAAUGUGUUUCAAAGUAUAGACAAUGGAACAUUUUUAUCACUGUAGAAAAAACAUGAAUUAUGCUCAAAUGUCAUAAGUAUGUUUGGUGUGAAUCUCCAGGGUCAGGCUAAAAAGGAACCAAACGAUCCUCAUGUUGCCAUUUACUGGAUGUGAACAAAGAGAAUAAAAUACUAAUUGGUUUAUUAAAAAGCAUCUUGUUUCCACUAUAUCAUAAUACCAGUGCAAAUACCUAUGCGGGCAUGUACAACUUUAUCAAAUGACUACUAAAAACGCUAACCUUAGCAGCUACAGUGUGUACAUGGCAGACAAAUAAAACUGUACAUGUGUCAAA